AUGGGUUCCGCUGCUUCAAAGCCCGCGAAAUCAGCGGCAUCCGCUGCCGCCCGCCGUCAGUAUCCCAAGAAGCCAACCCCUCCCCCUACGGGACAGCGCAAAGCUCCCAAGGAAACGAAAGCAGCGCCCACGCCGGAGCCUGCGAGUGCAGCACCCAACCUUGAAUACACCCCCUCGACACCUCAUGCACCCGCGCCUUCCUCUCAAGGGCCGACAUAUCACUCCAAGGAGCCAGCUUCCGGCGUAAAAUCUGACGCCAUCGACAUGGACGGCCGAGACCCCGACUUCGCCGCUUCCCUUCGCUCAAUUGGCCCGGUCAACCCAAACCCAACCUACUCCAACUCAAGCACCGUCAAUGGCCCCGGCUCAAUGCAAACGAUCUUCCCUCGGUCCUCGAACCCAGCCCUGCUGGUCAUCAACGCCCGCCAAAGACUCAACAAACUCGUAGAAGAGGAGGCCGAGUCGUAUGGUGUUGCCGGCCAUCCUGGACGGCAGUUCCUCGAUGCGCUUACCAUUCAGCAGGUCCUGACUAUGCGCGAUAAGCAGGGUAUGUCUCGGAGGCAGAUUGAGAAAUUCUUGGGUCUGAAGAGUGGUGUUGUUGAUCGGUUAGGGAAGGAUGCUAUUGUUUCGCGUAUUGCAUGA